AUGGCCACUGGCCGAAACCGCUCUGGGACGCUGGUGUCUCAACUUAGCUCCCAGCUACAGAUGUACCCAGUGCAAAGCAAGGAUUGUGUUAACCUUCAGGCGUCCAUUCAUGUAAACGGUAGUGGUGGAUACCCGAACGUGCUUCUUAAUCGAGACUGGUGGAAAGACGUUCAGAAUGGAGACGUGAUUGAGUUGAAAGGAGGUCCCCACAAAGAAUCUUGUGUUUUUGUGUUGGAACCUACUGACCCCGCCGGCCUACCACCCAACAUCCAGGUGUCCAUCUCACAGGAUGUUGCAAAGUAUUUUGAAUUAUCUGCCGGUACAGAAGUUACCCUUACAAAGGUGGGGCCAGAAAAAUACGCGGCAGAUGUCGUAGAAAGCAGCGAGUACAAUUCGUGGGCUGCAUCUCCGCAGUCAUUAAACACCUUUUCAUCAAACAGCGAGAGGUCGGUACAAUUUAACAGCCAAUGA